AUGGGAUCAAUUUGUUAAUCACAUUCUUGUUCAUAUGAAUAUACAACUCAAUUAAGUACUAGUGUAUACUUUCUCAAACCAGUAAUUGAUCAUCAAAUAGAAGAUGAAAUAAUGGAGGAAUCUUUAUCUCCUACAGAUUUCGAAAAAGAAUUCACUACUACUAAAUCUAUGGUACCUAAAUCUCCAGAUUUAAUGUUAAAGUCACCUUAAAAUUCACAUACUCCUAAUGAUUCAGUUGUGAUAUCUAAAUUUCAUAUAACAUCUGAUGAUUUUGUGAAGUUUCGAUAUUAGAACUUUGCUGAUUCUUAUUAAAUAGAAAGAUCAAUAGGUUCUGGAAGCUAUGGAGAAGUGUUUAUUGUUAGAAAUAAGUAAACAAGUAUAUGAAAGGAUAAAUUAAAUUUUAGAUUAAUUGAGAGCAAUGAAAUAGAUAAAAAAACAAUAAAGUUCUUUGAGUAAUAAGUCUUUAAGAGAAAUGGAGAUUCUAUCAAAAUUAGAUCAUCCAUUUAUUGUUAAGGCAAUAGAAGUAUUUCAAGAUGAAUAGAGUUAUAAUAUGAUUUUGGAGUAAAUUUAAAUCAAAUUAAGUAGGUUAUUGUAAGGAACUGAUUUACAGGAAGAUAUUUAGAAUAAUCAUAAUUUUAAUGAAGAGAAGGCAGCUAAAAUAAGUUAUCAAUUAUUAUUGGCAUUAAGUUAUAUUCAUAAUUAGGAAGUGGUUCAUAGAGAUAUUAAACCAGAGAAUAUUCUAUAUCAAUAUAAUAAUGGUAACACUUUAAUUAAACUUAUUGAUUUUGGUAUUUCUACUGAAAUCAAAAAGAAUAGAAAAUUAAGUUCUUAAUUAGGAUCAGUAAGAAAAUCAAAAUUUAUUUAAGAUGUACUUUAUGGCCCCUGAGAUUUUUAGCAAAGAUUAUGGUAAAUAAAUUGAUAUUUGGGCUUGUGGAGUUACUUUAUACUAUUUAGUUCAUAAAAGAUAUCCAUUUAUGGGAAGGACCAAUUAAGAGAUGAAAAAUGCUAUAAAGAGUGGAAAAUUCUAAUUUGAUAAAUAAAUUAGUCCAGAAUUAUAAUGUCUUUUAGGUAAAAUGUUAUAGGUUAAUCCUAAUAAAAGAAUUACUGCUUAAUAAGCAUUAUAAGAGGAUUGGUUUAUUAAACAUAAAUUUAUAAAUUAAAUCAAUUAAUAAUUGAUAUUUAAAUUAAUAAAUUAUCAUUCCACAACUUUAUUUGAAGAAUUAAUAUUCUCUCUAAUUACUUAUUAUUUUUAAAAUUGUGAUGAUCAUGGAUAAGCCAUUUAAACUUUUUUAUUUUUAGAUACAGAUUAAGAUGGUUAGAUAUCUAGAUAGGAAUUCAAGAAAUCAUUAAUUUAAUUAAAUAUUCAUAAUACAGAUUAGUAAAUAGAUGAUUUAUAUAUUACACUUAAUAAAUAAUCAGAUGAUACACUGACUUAUAAGGGUAUUGUUAUUUUAUUAGAUAUAGAAUUUUUAGCAGCAUCAGUAGCAAGAGAUAAAAUUUAAACAAAGAAAUGUUAGAAAUUUUGUUUUUAAUUGAUUGAUCAUGAUCAAGAUGGUAAGAUAUCAGAAUCUGAUUUUUGUCAUUUAAUGGGUAAGAACCAUUCUAAUCUUUGGCAUCUUUUAAAUCCUUCUGAUAGUUUAUAUAUAACAGAAGAGGAAUUUUAUAGUAUGUUUAAAUCAUGA